AUGCCAGAACACUCCACACACGCCAAUCUUCACACACUUCUUGAAGCCGUAGAUCGUAUCAGAUUUCAUGUGAUCAAACUGCAAGAAGCAACAAUCAGGAAGACCGGCAUAUGCCAACUAAACAACGGGAUCCUUGUGAUCCGUAGAGAAAAGGUCCCGGCACGAAAUGUCAGCGGCAAAGGCUUUAUCGUCCACCGUACUUUGUCCAUGUUCUCGACUCGUACGAGAUCAUUUUCCCGCGCAUUGCCGUCCUCUGUAUUCAACUGUUGUGUCAUUAAGAAAAUCACAGUCAUCAAUUGCUCCUCACCGACCGGUACUACUGAUGAGUACGAACUGGAUGCGUUCUAUUAUCAGCUGGGGGAAGUUGUCCACAAUGAUAAAGUGUAUUACAAAUUUGUUGUCAACGCCAGAAUAGGAACGGCCAACGAGAGCGAAUACAGGAUCGGGAAUUUUGGAUUGAAGGGCGAAGGAUAA